AUGGGCAAAGACAUAGUUGAUUUCGAUCUUCCGAGCAUCGACGACACGUUCGACCCAACCGGGGGCGAGGCUAGAGAGGUGAUCGUGGAAUCCACCGUCGAGUUUGACGUGAACGACACUAAAUUGGCAUCAUCGCGGAAGUUCAAGCAGAGGGUUGCGUACGAUGAGAUACUAGCGUGUGGGACCGCCAAGCUACUAAGGAUGGCCUCAUUGAUACUAUGGGAUGAGGCCACCAUGACUAAGCCACAGGCGGUCGAGGCACUGGACAACAACAUGCACGACAUCAUGGGAAGACGGGACCGACCCUUUGGAGGAAAGACAAUAGUUUUUGGCGAAGACUUCAGGCACGUGCUUCCGGUCGUCAGGAGGGGGUCCCAGGGUCAGAUAGUCGAUGCAACCCUUCAAAGUUCUCAUCUUUGGAAGGGUGAAGUGGACAACCUGGAGAAGUUGAUUGACCAUGUAUUUCCUAGUCUAGAUGACAACAUGUUUGAUCCGAAUUACAUGACUUCUCGCGCAAUCCUCUUCACCACGAAUGACAACGUCGACAAGAUAAUCAUACGCAUGAUAGAGCGUUUUCAGGGAGAAGAAGUGAUCUACCAUAUGGCUACUACGCUCCCGAGUUCCUGA